AUUGCAGAACACGGAGGCCAACGUGGGUGCGCACGUCAGGCAGCUGAAAAAAGCUCACAUUUAUAUGUAUGUAUGCGAGAUCGUGCACAUACUGCCAUCUCGCUCUAACCAACGAAGUUCUUGCGGGCCAGCAACUAGAGGCUUGAGUGCGCAGUUGGCUGAUGAAAUCGAGUGAAAAUUUCUGGAUUGUGGUUUGUUUGGUAAGUGCCAAUUUGAUUGUUGAUUUGGGGAAAGGUUAGUCUGCGGGUGAUGAUAACCAGAGCAAUGAGCAAAUUAAGGGCAACGGAUAAAAUGGACGAGGACAACGUUGAGAUGGGAAAAGUGGAAAGAGAAUCCGCGCAAGGUGAAGCCUCAAAUAUGGAGGGGGCCGGGCCCGGCACAUCAAAAGAAGCCCACUCAUGGCGUUGUUAACGUUAUGAUGGAGAUGUGGCGCCAAAUGCAAGAAGGUCAGCGGGCCAAUGCAAUGCAAAUGCAGCAGUUCCAAAUGGAAGUUCUGCGGAUGAAUCAAAUUCAAAUGGAAAAAACUAAUAUACUUCUGCGAUCCCUUGGUAUUAGUGGAAGGACAACUGGCGAGCCAGGACCACAAUCAACCACGGCUGAGCCCUCAGUGAUAUCAGACGCAGUCUCAUCACCAAGGCAACCGGUUCCUUCUCAGGAAACGCAAAGAAAAUUGUACGAUCCACCGGAGUUUAAUGGUGCUCCCGAAGAGUGGCCAAUGUUCAACGAAGCUUUCACUAUGACCACUGCAGAGUACGGAUACAGUGACAGGCAAAAUUUGUUACGCCUCCAAAAGGCAAUAAAGGGCAAGGCUAGGGAGACCGUUGAAUGUUUGCUUAUUCACAGUUCUAACGUUUCAAAUAUUUUAGAGACCCUUAAACAAAAUUUUGGUAGACCGGAGAAACUCGUAAAAAGCCAGAUUAGUCGCGUUAGAGAAUUUCCGAGCAUUCGCGAAGGUUCAAGUAGAGUUCAAAAUGAAGGUACAAAACUUGGCUUCAUUCUUAGAAGCAGCUAACGCACAUCAGCAGUUAAAAAACCCAACAUUAAUGGAGGAGUUAAUCUUAAAGUUGCCAGUGCAACAGAGACUGGAGGGGGCACGCCAUUCCAAGCAACUAGGAGAUGAAAAAUCGAUCAGUCAUUUAAGUCUAUGGCUUCAGAGAUUGGCCGAAGAAGUGCAAGACGCAGGAUUGGUUGACGAUCAGGCGACGUUCAAGCCAAAGAAGGAAAACAUGGAGACUAUUCCAUGCAAACGACAUCGGACUUGUAACCAUGAAGGCGUGCUCCGCCUGCAAUGGGAAACACGACUUGGAAAACUGUAACUCAUUUGCCCAGUUAGAACUUGAAAAAAAAUGGCAGCAUGUAAGGGAAAGAAAAUUAUGCUUCAAUUGCCUAAAGUACGGCCAUCGUAGUCAAAAAUGUAGACGACAUCACCAAUGUGGACUUGAUGGAUGUGCCAAACGCAUUCACCGUUUGCUCCAUGCAGAAUCAGUUAAUCAACCAGGCGAGGAAGUAAAGUUCACAGGAACAGCAACGCAUGAGGCUAGCUCAAUGAUUUUGUUUAAGAUAUUGCCUGUUAAUCUUCAUGCUAAAAAUAAAAUAGUGAGGUGCCACGCCUUUUUGGAUGAAGGUUCUGCAGUAACCCUUAUAAAUGAAAGCCUGGCAGACGAGUUAGGAUUACAUGGGCCCAAAGAAAGUCUGACAUUGCAAUGGUUUGGAGAAAAGACAUCAACGGAAUUGGUCAGCAUAUUUAAUAUUGGAAUAUCUGAUGAACGUGGAGGCAAGGUCUAUGCACUAAACGGAGUAAGGACUAUUAAGGAUUUACGGCUGCCGAAGCAAUCCGUAAACAUGUCUGAGCUAAGUUCGCAAUACCCACACAUAAAGAGUAUUCCUGUAAAAGGCUAUAGAAAUGCCUGAAAUACUAAUCGGACUAGAUAACCUACAUUUGAUAGCUCCAAAGCAAAUGAGAUCUAUGGGAUACGUUGGGCCAGCCAUUGCAUUAACCAAUCUGGGAUGGGUUGCGUAUGGAAAAUGUCGCGGAGAAUCAGGACCCAUGAGUAAUGUAAAGGCCGUACAUCUGGUUAAACACAAUGACGAGCACAUUGAACAGUUGGUGCGAGACUACAUCACGAAUUCGGAAAUGGAUGUGCGGAUUGUGAAGAGCCACGUAGAAGGUCGAGAAACUGAGAGAUCGAACCGAUUGCUAUCAACCACGACAAAACGUAUUGGUGACCGUUUUGAAACGGGAUUACUAUGGAAAGUGGAUGACGUCGUCUUGCCUGACAGCAAGAAAAUGGCAAUAAAGAGACAAUUGUCUUUGGAAAGAAAAUUUAUACAUGAUCCAGAGUACUACAAAAAAUACUGCGACCUGAUGGAAGCAUACGAAGAAAAGUCAUACAUUCGGCAUAUCACAAGCAAUGAACUGGAAGUGGACAAGAAAAAAGAAUGGUUCCUGCCUCAUUUUGGGGUCUUAAAUCCUAACAAGCCCGGCAAGUUGAGAAUUGUUUUCGACGCGGCUGCAGAAGUCGAUGGAGUGUCGUUAAACUCCAUGCUCAUGACUGGCCCCGACGGGUAUCAAUCCCUAACGGACAUUCUUAUGAGGUUCAGACAGAAACCGAUUGGAGUCUGUGCUGACAUAGCAGAAAUGUUCCACCAAGUCAUAAUACGAAAGGAGGAUCGAUGUGCCCAACGCAUACUAUGGAGGAAGAAUCCAGGCGACGAGAUGAAGGAGUAUGAAAUGCAGGUCAUGACCUUUGGAGCCAAAUGUUCACCGGCCUCUGCUCAAUAUGUGAAAAAUAGAAACGCACUUGAAUUUAAGGAAUCGUAUCCAGAUGCGGUGAAUGCCAUUAUUAAAAACCAUUAUGUGGACGAUUUGGUGCAUUGUUUUUCAUCCGAAGAAUCGGCUGUGAGAGUCGUGAAGGAGAUAGUUGACAUUCACAAAAAGGGAGGAUUCGAACUGAGAAAGUUUGUGUCCAAUUCGAAAUUCUUCAACAAGGUUUUUGGUAACGAACAAGUAGCUGAACCCAUAACUCUUGAUAGGGAUGAAUCUUCGCAUUAUCAAAAGGUCCUGGGAAUGUACUGGUGUACACGCAGCGACGAAUUUGGGUUCUCACUUUCGUUUAACAAAAUUGACGCAUCAAUCUUUUCAGAAUCAAGAAAACCGUCUAAGCUAGAAGUAUUGCGAGUGGUUAUGUCUGUGUUUGACCCAUUUGGAAUUCUAGCCGAAUAUUCCCUGAUCGCUAAACUGCUUCUGCAGUCAAUAUGGCAAAAGCGAACAGAGUGGGACCAGCCAAUUGAGGGCGACGAUAUAAAGCAAUGGAAAUGUUGGUUGCGCAGCCUAAGCCAAGCAUGCAAGAUAAGGAUACCCCGAUGUUACGCUGAAGAGUUCUUUGGGGAACCAAUUGAACUACACAUAUUUUGCGAUGCGAGUGAGUCAGCUUAUGCAGCAGUUGGAUACUGGCGCAUACGUACGAAAUCUGGAUGGAAGUCCGCAUUUAUAAUGGGAAAGACCAAGUGUGCCCCUAUGAAACUAUCGACCAUACCCAGGCUCGAGCAGGCGGCAGUGCUAGGAACUCGUCUCAGGAAAUGUAUUCUUGAGGGUCACGACGUCAACCCCAAAUGUGUCCACAUGUGGUCCGACUCCAAGACUGUCUUAGCAUGGAUUAAAUCAGAUCACAGAAAAUAUAAGCCAUAUGUAGGACACAGAAUUGACGAGAUACUUGAAGCCACAAGGUUGGAAGAUUGGCAUUGGGUGCCUACUAAGGAUAACCCGGCAGACUUUGGCACCAAACUCAGAUCUGGAACUCGAGAAACCUCCUGGUUGAGAGGCCCUCAAUUCCUUCAAGAGGACGCAAGUCAAUGGAAUCUAGGAACUUCAGACGUUGGUGACACGGAACUGGAACUAAGAAGCAAGUUUACGUUAUCAAUCAAUGAGAUGUCUUCAGAUGGAUCUGUCAAUAUCGUAUUCAGGGAGUUGCUGGAAAGGUUCUCUUCAUUUACAAGGCUGAUGCGAUUUGUCGCUUGGGUCUACAGGAUGUGUGAUCGUAAGAUCAAACGAAAAGUCUACCUUGAUGUAGCUGAAAUUGACUCUCUCCGUACGUACGCCCAUUCUCAUAUGUUGGAAUCGACUAUAUGGGACCGUUUCUGGUUGUAAGAGGAAGGAGUACCGAGAAACGCUGGAUAUGCAUAUUUACAUGCCUUACAAUAAGAGCAAUUCGUUUGGAAAUUGCCAGGGACCUGACAACAGAUACGUGUCUUCGAGUAUUGCAUAACUUCAUGGCGCGGCGCGGAAGACCAGUAAGAAUCCGAUCUGACAAUGGUACCAAUUUGGUGGGAGCUGAGCGUGAAUUGAAAAGAAAAUUACAGGACCUCGAUCACAUUAGAAUAGCGAACGAGCUGUCAACCAAGCAGAUCGAAUGGCUGUUUAAUUGCCCGCUAAGCCCCCAUGCAGGUGGGUGCUGGGAAAGAUUGGUAUGCAGUGUGAAGAGGGCCAUAGGACACGCGCUGCAUGACAAAAACCUGAAAGAAGACAUACUCUAUAGCCUAAUGUGUAACGCUGAAAACAUAGUAAAUUCCAGACCGCUUACACACAUUGCUCUGGAUAACACCACAGACGAUCCGAUAACCCCUAAUCACUUUCUUUUAGGUUCUCCCAAUUCUAGCCAGACACCACAUCCACAAGAGGAGAAGUACCAGCCAACUCGAAAGGAAUGGCGCAUCGCUCAGCAGAUCUCACACUCAUUUUGGAACAAGUGGCUUAAUGAGUACCUACCAGACUUAUGCAGACGGACAAAGUGGCAUCACCCAGUGCCACCACUCGCUGAAAUGGACAUUGUUCUUAUCUGUGAUAAGAACCUUCAUCGAUCUCAAUGGAAAAAGGGAGUUAUUCUAGCAGUCACGCCUGGACGCGACGGACAGGUUCGCUCAGCCACUGUAAAGACGACGGCUGGAGUUCUACACCGCCCAACCUGUAUGCUGGCAAAGCUAGACAUAUUGUGAAUCACGAGCGUGCUUGAUUCACGGUGGUGGGGAUGUUGUCGAGAAAAAUUAGCUUAUAUAUACUUAGUUUUAAGCAAGGGCACAGAUACCCUACAUAAAGAAAAAAGAGAAGAAAAAUGGCCACACUAUGAAAAGACAAGAAGGUCACAUUAGUUUGAGCAGUCGAAGAAAGAGCGGGGAGAAAAGACGAAGCGAAAUAAAACGCAACCAACGCCUAAGUACCUAUGAAGAUAA